AUGAUGAGUCUGUUUGUUUUUAAUUUUUUGUUACUACUGUCAACUUUAAUUGCCGGAGAAGAAUUGCACGAGUGCAAGCGUCAGUGUGUGAGUGGAAAUUCAUUAAAAUGUCAGUACAAUUUUGUAGUGACGGAGUAUCAUAAAUCUAACACGAUUUGCAGAAAUGAAUCAGACAAUUGCAAUGAAUCAAUCAACAGCGUCUUAUUGAUCAACGGCAAGACACCUGGACCUGCUAUAGAGGUAUGUCUCGGAGAUAUCAUAGAAGUGUUUGUUCACAACAAAUUACCAUCCAGCGAGGUUUCGUUCCACUGGCACGGAAUAUCUCAGCAAGGAUAUGUACACAUGGAUGGAGUUCCUAUGAUAACCCAGUGUCCAAUCAUGCCGUUCUCAAGCUUUCGGUAUGAUUUCAAACCCGAGAAAAAUGGGACCUACUUCUACCACGCUCACUCAAUUUCUCAGCAAGCUGACGGAUUGUACGGCUCCUUGAUAGUAUCCUCUCCAUCAGACGAUCAAAAUCUCCAACGAACUCUGAUUUUAUCUGUAAAAUCGUAUCCUAUUUAUCCGUUCUCGCAAUCAACGCCCGUCGCAAUCGCUCUCACGAUAAAUGGCCAGGCCAAUAAUCAUGAGCUUAAUGUACACAAAGGCUUCAGUUAUCGCCUGCGGUUAAUAAAUGCUGGAAUUUUUUGCCCGAUGGGAUUUUUCAUUGACAAUCACCCGCUGGUAGCCUACGCUGUUGGAAAUACUCUGGUUAAACCGACAGAAACAAUGCAUGUUAUUAUAUUCCCAGGAGAAAGAAUAGACUUGAUAUUGAAUGCAAAUAGACCGGUAUCAAAAUACCGAGUAGUGGUUCAAGGCCUGCAGGGCUGUAGGAAUUUAAUCUACGAGACGUCAUUAACUUAUGACAGUGCGGAAUCAAAUAUCCCUCUUGGCCCUGCCAAAGAUAAGGCUGACGAUGAUGAUGGUGAUCCAGUACAUUAUCUAGACGUCCCGGAAGAAAUGCAGGGUCAUGACUGUCGAAGUAUUGAAAAAAAUACUCUCUGUUCCUUGGAUUUAGAGACAACAUCCAAUGUUAUUAUUAAUAAUGAUCCACCGGCUAUUUAUUAUCUUCCCUUUGACGUCAACUACUACCCGAGUAUCACCGAUGACAUGACUGAUUACACUUUUAAUAUUUAUGGAUACUCUUUCUAUCCUUCGUACUUGACGAUUGAUGGCAAUCCCAAGGUGACGCAGAUAAACAAGAUGUCCUUCAAGUAUCCGUCAUCACCAAUUCUCUCCCAACCCGAGUUAGUUUCCGAAGAUUUGGUUUGUUCGAUUGAAGAGCGGUCAAUUGCUUGCAGGAACAAUCCGGAGUUCUGCGAAUGUUUGCAAGUACUGCAAGUCCCUGCUAAGAAAACAAUCGAAAUUGUUUUGAUUGAUGAAGGGUUCGGCGGAAAUAGAAGCCACGUGUAUCAUACCCACGGGUACACGGUCAGCGUAAUAGGAUACCAAUCAUUCGGACGGGCGGUAACAAGAGAAGAGAUAGUAUCUCUUGACCAGUCAAAUAAACUCCCGCGGAAUCUAAUCAAUCCUCCUAAACUGGAUAGCUUCGUUGUUCCGAACAAGGGAUACGUUAUACUCAGUUUUUACACCGACAAUAUCGGGUAUUGGUUAUGGGAAUCCCGUGGAUAUGCAACUACUCACAGUCCACCGAUGCAAUUUCUCCUGCAAGUUGGCAAUCCAGAGAACAUGCCUACAAUUCCUAUCGAUUUUCCUACUUGUGGAAAUCACAAAGGUCCUGAUUUAAUCUUUGAGGAUGAAUAG